AUGUUAAUUUCUUUGAAUAAAGUAUUAUUUUUGGUUUCAUCUGCGAUAUCGUUUUCAAUAGAAAAAGAUACAAUUAUGGAUAAAUGGUACUUGGUAAUCGACAAUGACGCAGGUGGAGACGACGCCUUGGGUAUUUUUUUGGCUGUAUUAUUCGAAAAGCAUUAUAACGGACCACAACUGAUUGGACUGACCACAGUACAUGGCAACGCUGAAGAAGAGAACGUGUACAUAAACAAUCAAAGAGUUCUAAAGCUUGCGAAACGACAAGACGUGCCCAUAUAUAGGGGAUCCAAUACUUCGAUAGUAUUCAAACCACCCCCAGCUUUCUAUUAUGGAGCUGAUGGUCUCGGUGAACUUGAGGAAGAGUUAGCCAAUUUGGUUCCCGCAAAUAAGAAAAAUGCUGUGGAUGCCCUGCUCGACCUUUCUAGAGAAUAUAACGGAAAAUUAAUUGUGGUAACUACAGGACCAGUCACUAACGUUGGAUUUGCUGUUAAAAGGGAUCCAGAUUUUUUAUCACGAUUGAAGCAUUUAUAUGUGGCGGCCGGUCAUAUAUAUAGUGAAGAAUACCCGAAAGGGGAGUUCAACGCGCGCUCUGACGCUGAAGCAUAUCGCCUAAUUACUGAAAACGCUACACCAGAUAAAGUUACCGUCUUUCCGUUUUCUCAAGUGAAAACUUCGCUUAAUAUAAGCAAGGAGUGGCGUGUUAACACCUUCGGAGCCUUGCAGAGCGAGAUUGUCAAAGCACAAAAUAUGUAUGAGAGGAUAUCUUUGACUAAGAACGAUCGUUGGCACGCGCUUGACCCCGCCGCUGUAGCUAUUGCUCUGAAGCCAGACUUAGUCAGAGAGUAUAAAUAUUCUCAAAACGACAUCCUCUUAGAAGGUGACAAAAGAGGAAUCAAUAAGAACACAUUUGUUGACAAAGAUGAAGCUAAUGUACGGGUUGUAUUUUCAGUAAAGGAAGACGACUACAAAACAUUCUUACUCGACUUGUUCUCAAAAUAG